AUGUCCGAGACUCGAAGGCUUUUGGAGGCCGCUAAUGUCCCUUUCUGUUCUUCUCCGCGCCAUGCGCCUCAAAGUGAUGAAAUUUUCUGCAUUGUAGAGGGCGGUCAGACUCAGGCGCAUCCAUUCCGGCGUGUUCGCGACGCGGUCGUCACCAGUGAGCAUUUCACCCUUGUUCAGUCCCCAUGGACAAACAGACUUCAUGUCACCUAUCGUCGGCUAAUCCCCGCGAUAGAAAUCGAGAUUCUCCCAGCAGGAGAAGCAGGGCCUCGUCGUCUAAACGGUAGCACGGUAAUGAAGAUACACGGUGUGCCCUUCUUGACUAUUUCCGAAUUCGUGCGAGCAAAGCUGAAGAGCUGGAUGAUCCGACAGGACCGUGACGCUCGUGAUAUCAUAUUCAUGAUGCCUCGUUACUGGAAUCGUAUGGACGUUAACCGAAUACCUGAAAUCGACAUGGACCAAUUUGUGGAGCGUAACGCAGAGGCCCGGCCCGCUUGGAUAGCCAUCAAGAAGAAAUACAGAAUGUAGUUUACCGCCCAGUCGUGGAGUCCUGCCGGCAUGGAUAUUUUGUUCCCAAAAAUUUGAUGGGCGACGCGCCCGUAUGCCCGUAUUGUAGCAUCAUGUAAACCUGCAGGACGAGGGAGGACUAUUAGCGUUUGUAUGAUUAUCGCAGAGAUAAAUCGAAGUACUGUAUUAUCAAGGACCCACAAAGAUGUCAUCUUUAGCACAAUCGCUGAACAAUCGUUACAAAAAUACCAUCAGCCUCCGCGAGAUGUGGUCCAACUAUCGUACACGAAGCCUGAGUUUAUCAUUCUUCUCGACGGUCGCAGGGGAUUCGGAGUGUUCCAAGUCUCACGGGAGAACUGAUCUCGACGCCACUUUUCUUGCACUAAUUGCUAUCCCACAGA